CGGCUGCGGACACCCUAAUAUUCCCCCAACUCUCUCUCUCUCUCUCUCUCCAUUUUUAUUUUUAGAAAAAGCAAAAGAGUUUUAGCUGUACAAAGCCGUCGUUUCCAAAUCCUCCACCAAACGAUCUCUCUAUCACUCUCCACAUUCCUCACCAUCAACACCACUCUACAACCUCGAUCAGAUAGGGUUUUGAUUGGAGGUUGGAGUGAGGAAUGGCGAAUCGGAUGAAGGAAGAUGAGAAAAACGAGAGAAUUAUACGGAAUCUUCUCAAACUUCCUGAUAACCGCCGGUGUAUUAACUGUAACAGCUUGGGACCGCAGUAUGUAUGCACGAAUUUCUGGACAUUCAUCUGCACAAACUGUAGUGGAAUACAUCGGGAGUUCACUCACAGAGUAAAGUCAGUCUCCAUGGCUAAAUUUACUUCGCAAGAAGUUAGUGCCCUUCAAGGAGGAGGAAAUACGCGUGCGAAGGAAAUUUAUUUCAAGGAAUGGGAUCCACAGCGUCACUCUGUCCCUGACAGCAGUAAUGUUGACAGACUACGGGAUUUCAUCAAGCAUGUUUAUGUGGAUAGAAGAUAUACUGGUGAGAGGAGCUUUGACAAACCUCCAAGGGUGAAGACGGGUGAAGCUGAAGACUCCUAUGAAAACAGGCGAGAUACCUAUCAGGGUGGGUCUCGAAGCCCACCAUAUGAGGACACAUAUGAACGUCAGUAUAGUGACAGACCUAGUCCUGGUGGAAGAAGUGAUGAUAGAAAUUACAGAAAUAGUUAUGAUGAAAGAAGAAGUCCAGGAUAUGAUCAAGAAAGUCGCCAGUUCGGUGAUUUUAGGAGAAGUCCUUCUCGUACUGAGAUAGUCAAUGAUUGGCGACGGGAGGAUAGGUUUGGAAAUGGAAGGAGAUCCGACGAUGGUAAUUCUAAGGUUGAAGGAAGGUCACCUGACCGCCAAAAGGAUCUGGAUGUGUCCAGUCCCCCUACUGUCCGGCCUGUCAGAGAUAUUUUGGGGGAGAAUGUAUCUCCCCUUAGAAUUAUUGAACCUCCAAAAGCUGAUGUUUCUGUACGCACUCAGAGAACUGUAUCUCCCAGUAGCUUGGCAUCCUCUAAUGGCAACCCAGCAGAACUUAAAAGGGAGAGUUUCGGAACUUUAAUUGAUUUUGAUGCCCCUGAACCACCUACAACUGCAGCAGUGCCACAACCACAACAAACAGUUACAAGUCAAUUGGUUCUGCAGCCAACAACUUCAUCCAAUGCUGACAACUGGGCAUGUUUUGACUCCCCCACAGAGGUGAAAGUAACUCAAGCUCCUUCCAAUGCAAAUUCACUGCAGUCUGUACUUUCAGAAUUGUCAGUUCCAGCAUCUGUACCGGGUCAAACAGCUGGAGUCCCUGGUACUGGCAGUAUCACUGCACCUGUGGGCAACAUGUCUGCAUUUCCAUCUAGUAAUUCAUUUGGUGCACCUGUAGGGCAAAUGUCCAUCUUACCUUUUGGCAGUAAUGCUCCAGCGGCCACACCCGUAAACAACUUGACGAUGUUUCACCCUUUUAGCUCUCCAAUGACCGCUCCCGUAGGGCAGGUGUCCAUAUCACCCUUCGGAGUUAAUGCUCCAACAGCUGCAACAUCAAACAACUUGACAACAUUUCCCACUGGUGGUGCUCCGGCUGCAGCUCCGGGAUCGACAUGGCCUACCAUGCUUCCUCAGCAACAGUCUUUAUUUCCUAAUACUGGGAUUCAGGUUCAGCCUACUGCUCAGCCAUUCACUCCACCAGUUACUGGAUCUUCAAGCACUCAGCCAUGGCAUUCAUCUAUUGCCCCAAAUACACAAGGACCUUCUAGUAUACCAGGUGGACAAACAUCCCAGUUAGUCUCAAAACCUGCCCAAGAGGUUACUUCUGGAGUUUCCCUAGAAGUUAAGCCUAGUGGAAGAAGAGAGUUACCACAGGAUUUAUUUGCUGCAACUUAUCCCUCUUCUGUACCACUUCCAGGCUGGCAAACUGGUCAUCCCCAUGGAUAUGGGUUCAAUAUGCAAUAUCAUGCUGCAAUGCCCAUGCAACCUGUUCUAAACUUGUCAAAAUCAGUUAAUCCAUUUGAUCUCAACAAUGAAAUAUCUUCAGUUCAGGCACCGACGUUUCCUUCCAUGGCAUCUUUGCAAGGUGCUCUGCCUAAUGUGGCAGCUCCUGCUGGCUUAUUGCGCACUUCCGGACUCGGUACUCCUUCGCCAACAUGGAUGCCAUCACAGUCAUCUUAUCCCUCAGCGAUGCAUCCCCAUCCCUCAGCAAUGCAUCACCAGGCACCACCAUCUUUUGCAUCGGCAAUGCCUCCAAGUGCAUACAUGGGGCAACAGAUACCAAAUAACUUGCUGCCUAGGCAGCAAGCAGUAGUGGGUUUUGGCAGUGAUGGAGCUGCAUUUGGAUCCACAAAUCCAAAUCCACAGCAUCAACACCUGGGUGGAAUGUAUUCAGCAUCCGCUACCCCAAAUACUUUUUCUAGUGUUGGAGGAAACCCAUUUGGAUAAAUAGAAAGAUGACCAUAUGCCUUUCUGUCCCCAUUUUCCUUCAAGCUAUUAGGUGGAAAUUUUGGGUUCCCGUCUUGUAGAUUAAGUUAAUGAUCCAGCCAACUAGGUUUGUUCCCUGCAUUCCCAAACUAAGAUUCAAUUCUCCUUGUUGGCCGUGUAGAAAAGGUAGCUUGGGAGAGAGAUAGAUACAGUGAGAGCAGUAAUAUGAUUACAGGGGCACGAGCACCUCAUAAUACCGUGGUGUUUCUGCGCAGCCGUGAUAUUUGUUUAGUUUUUCCAAUUGUGUGAUCUGAUCUGUGUUGUGCCUGCUUCCCCGAGUUGUAUCAAUGAUAGCUUUUGUCAACUUUGUAUGAUUUUAAAAUUUUCUUGGUUUUGUGGUGAGUUGGUCAUGUCAGUAAGUCUAUAAGCCGACUGUUUGUAAAGAGUAUUUUGGGUUGGUAAAUACUAUUGAUAUUGGUGUUGAUAUUUA